AUGGAUACUCCCAUGCACCCUAACUCAAAGUUAGAAAAGGGUGAAACUGAGAAAGAUGUUAAUGAGACUAGGUAUAGAGGCAUGAUAGGAUCACUUAUGUACUUAACAUCUUCUAGACCUGAUAUUGUACAAAGUGUUGGAAUUUGUUCAAGGUAUGAUGAAUUUUCUGUAAUUGGUUAUUGUGAUGCAGAUUUUGUCAGAGAUAAAGUUGAUAAAAGAAGUACUUCUAGUAUAUGUUAUUUUUUGGACAGAUCCUUGAAUAUUUGGUCAAGCAAGAAGCAGUCCACAGUGGCUCUUUCUAUUGCUGAAGCCGAAUACAUUGCUGCUUCGUCUUGCUGUUUCACAAUUGUUAUGGUUAAAAACUUAGCUGGCUGA